UCCACCUUCCCUUCAGAAGGCUGGGACUCCGGGAGAGAGCGAGCGUGUUUUGGUCGUCACUUACACACGGCGGCUGACUCGAGUCAAUAAACCGCGUGCGUGAGCGUGUGAACACAUUAUAUGCAUAAACCCCCACACCGCCCCCCUCACCCCUAACAAAGUCGACAGCGUGAUUAAACCCGCGGUGGGAACUUGAGAUAUGAUCAUAAUAAUAACCAGCGAAAUGGGAGGAAAGUCGUCGCUGGCUCGCUGAAGUUGGAGGUGCCGCUCGUGGAAGAGGAAGAGCUGGCCGACACCACGAGCUCACUCUGGUACAAAGGGUGAGCCAAGCCUUCCUGCGUGCCGCCUGCCAGCUGCCCGACUAAAAUGAGUAUAACCAGCGACGAGGUGAACUUCCUGGUGUACAGAUAUCUUCAGGAGUCAGGUUUCUCCCACUCAGCUUUCACCUUUGGCAUCGAGAGCCACAUCAGCCAGUCCAACAUCAACGGAACGCUGGUGCCCCCUGCUGCCCUGAUCUCCAUCCUGCAGAAGGGCCUCCAGUAUGUGGAGGCGGAGAUCAGCAUCAACGAGGACGGCACGGUGUUUGACGGGCGGCCCAUCGAGUCGCUGUCGCUCAUCGACGCCGUGAUGCCUGACGUGGUGCAGACGCGCCAGCAGGCGUUCCGGGACAAGCUGGCCCAGCAGCAGCAGGGGGGAGGGACCUGCACCAUGGCCACGCCCAGUCCCGCCCACCAGGCCAUGGCGCCCAAGAACGGAGAGAUCCCGGUCAACGGCGAGGAGAACGGCACGCACGCCAUGAACCACCACGGGGAGCCCAUGGACCUGGACCAGGACGUGGAGAUCCCAGCCAGCAAGGCCACCGUGCUCCGGGGCCACGAGUCGGAGGUCUUCAUCUGCGCCUGGAACCCGGUCAGCGACCUGCUGGCCUCUGGCUCGGGGGACUCCACGGCACGGAUCUGGGACCUGAACGAGAUCGGCUCCUCCAGCUCCACCCAGCUGGUCCUGCGCCACUGCAUCCGCGAGGGCGGCCAGGACGUCCCGAGCAACAAAGACGUGACCUCGCUGGACUGGAAUAGUGACGGGACGCUGCUGGCCACCGGCUCCUACGACGGCUUCGCACGGAUCUGGACGAAGGACGGGAACCUGGCCAGCACGCUGGGACAGCACAAGGGGCCCAUCUUCGCGCUGAAGUGGAACAAGAAGGGGAACUCUAUUCUCAGCGCCGGUGUAGAUAAGACGACAAUCAUUUGGGACGCACACACAGGGGAGGCCAAGCAGCAGUUCCCCUUCCACUCAGCCCCCGCCCUGGACGUGGACUGGCAGAACAACACCACCUUCGCCUCCUGCAGCACCGACAUGUGCAUCCACGUGUGCCGGCUGGGCAGCGACCGGCCGCUGAAGACCUUCCAGGGCCACACGAACGAGGUCAACGCCAUCAAGUGGGAUCCUUCAGGGAUGCUGCUGGCGUCCUGCUCCGACGACAUGACCCUGAAGAUCUGGAGCAUGAAGCAGGAACAGUGUGUUCACGACCUUCAGGCCCACAGUAAGGAGAUCUACACCAUCAAGUGGAGCCCCACCGGGCCCAGCACCGGCAGCCCCAACGCCAACAUCAUGCUGGCCAGGUGGGUCCCCCCCCCCCCCCCCCAGGGGGAGACCUACCUGUGUCCGGCCAGGCAGACGUCUCCCGGAAGGCUCUGUGUGUGUUCCCCCCCGCCCACCUCCACCCACUCCUCCACACCCUGCCUGCCCCCACCCCCCUCCCCCUGGUGGGCCCUCCCCCGCAUCCCCCACCCCACGCUGAGCAGCCUCAUUAACGCAGUUCCACACAAGCUGUGUGACAUCAUCGACUCCUGCCGCAAGACCGACGUGCUGGAGCGUUGGGUGGGGGUGGGGGUGCUGGGGGUGGCGGGGGUGGCGGGGGACGUCUCAAACGUCAGGGGCUGUCAGGAGCCGUCAGGAGACGGGUUCCAGAGCCUGGACGGUUGGGAGUCCAGUCAUGCUGGCCUCACACGGGUUCACUCACAGGCCUCAUCGCUCCACCGCCGCCAGAGGCCCGAGAGCCGGGGGAAGCUUUUGUGUCGGGACAAACUUCCACGGCUCGCUCUAAAUUUAGACAAGGCGCUGUGGUGCGUCCGCACGUCGUGA